AUCUAAAGCAUCACACUUGUCAUGGCACAACUGAAAGUCGUCAUUUGCGGUGCAGGCAUAGCCGGAAAUGCCCUUGCCUUCUGGCUCUCGAAACUAGGUUACGAAGUCACGGUUGUCGAACGCUGGCCGAACUUGCGGGCUACAGGACUGCAGGUAGACCUGCGCGGGUUCGGUGUCAAUGUCUUGAAGCGUAUGGGUCUCGAACAAGCCUUCCGUGCCAGAACGAUCCAAGAGCAAGGCCUCGAGUUUAUCAACAGCUCGGGCGAGCAGAAGGCUUAUUUUCCGGCGAACAGAACCGGAAAAGGAUUGCAAAGCUUUACUACCGACCAUGAAAUUAUGAGAGGAGAUCUAUGUCGGCUCUUGUACGACGCCACGAAGGACCGCGUCAAAUAUGUCUUCGGCGUGACUGUCGAGAGCUUCGAGGAGAACAAUACUUCGGUUGAAGUUCUGUUUUCAAAUGGAAAGAAAGGCUGUUUUGAUCUCCUAGUCGGUGCUGAUGGCCAGUGGUCGCGCAUCCGCAGGCUGAUGCUCGGACCUGAUACUCCGGACCCUUUCCAUUUCCUUGGUGUCUACACGGGAUACUUCACCAUCCCUCAACCAAUCCGAGAGGGGGAGCAAUACAUUUCGACAAACUAUAUUGCCCCCGGGAAGCGGAUGGGACUCAGGGAUGUGCGGAGGGGCAGUGUCAAUGAAGAAAAGGCGGCAUUGGCCGAGCUUUUCCAAGGUGCAGGCUGGCAAACAGACCGAAUUCUGAAAGGCUUAAUGAAGUCAGAUGACUUUUACCUCGAGCGUCUGGGCCUCGUCAAGACGAGCGUUUGGUCUCAAGGCCGGGUCGUUCUCAUUGGAGAUGCCGCGUACUGCCCAUCAGCAGUCACUGGAAUGGGCACCACUUCCAGUCUUGUCGGAGCCUACAUAUUAGCUGGCGAGAUUGGGCAACAUUGUGGGAGUGAUUCCAAAGAAGGCCUUUUGACCGCGCUGAAACAAUACGAGCAGUGCUUCCGGCCGUUCAUGGACAAGGUUCAGAAAGGGUUAUCAAGGGAUUCGAAUGUUUUGACCAAGAUCCCGUCAUCGCCCGUAGGUAUCGCCCUGCUGCAUUUUUUCCUCGGACUGGUUGCCUUGCUGAGGUUGGAUGUUCUCGCCAAGUAUAUCAUCCGUGAGGAUGUGAGAGAAUGGGAUUUGCCGGAAUAUCAAGAGAUGAUACAGAGGCAAGAGUAGGGGGCAGGGAUGUAAUGUGUCUAUGCUAGUCGGUUGGCUGUCAUUCGUCUAAUAUGUAAGCUGAUCCAUCGACAAAUGUCGACGGAAGAAUCGGGUAGAUGGUGGUUCUCACAGUUGUGAACCAUGAUAGACAAUUAUUCUUUAAUAACAUCUUCAUCCUCGGUACAUGGUUCCGGAACCAUUCAGAGCCUAGAGUUGAUUUAAAUGUACCUUUGUCUUUGCCGACCUUUUCAUGGCCAUUGGUAUUGGACGUGACACAGAAGUUCUUGAGGUGUCUACUGGAUGGAAUUCAACAUCGGGGAUGGUGACGGAUACAACC